AUGAUUGCCUACAGUCAUGGCAAGUGGGGGAUCCAUGUCCUUCUCAGCUUCCGGGGCUCCGUGAUUCCCAAGGCAUUGGUUUGGUCAGUCCCUUGCGCCCUUGUUACAAUUCUGCUCCACGGCCAUUGGGGCGAAGAAAAGGGUGACGACAACUUGGAAAUGCAAGGUAUUGGUACCAUCUGGUCGGGUUUCUCUUUUGUACUUGGCUUUCUUAUCGUCUUCAGGAGCAACCAGGCAUACUCGCGAUUCUGGGAAAGCGUAACUCUGUUUCAGCAGAUCGGCGGCGAGUGGCUCAACGCUUUCAGCAACCUCCUGUGUUUCUGCAGCAAAGACCCAGAGAAGCUUGACCAAGUCAACGAGUUUCGGUAUUACCUCUCGAGGUUCAUGAGCCUCCUGCACUGCAAUACCUUGCAGACCCUGUGCGAGCUGAGUGAUGAUAGCCUCGAGGUCCGCAACUUUAACUUUAACCUGUAUGCGUGCAAGACGUUUCUACGGUAUGCAGAGAUCAAGCUAGUCAGCGAGAAGCCAAGGUCUUGGACCUUGGAGGGCUGUGCAAGAAGAGCACAUCAACACAAGACGAUCGAGGUGCCGGGUCCUAUCCUCUCCCGAGCAUUUCAGGAGCUGUCCCAGGGAAUGGUCUGCGUUACAGACUUGAGAAAGAUUCGUGAUGUGCCGUUUCCAUUUCCCUACUCGCAGUAUCUCUGCUGCAUGCUGAUCGCGCACUGGAUUCUGGCACCCGUGGUCGCAAGUCAUACGGUGCUCAAGCCCUGGUGGGCAGGCAUCAUGGUCUUGGUGGUUUCUACAUCUUACUGGACACUGUUCUACAUUGCCCAGGAGAUCGACCAACCAUUUGGAGAGGAUGCCAACGACCUGCCUGUCCGUGAGAUGCAGCACAAGUUCAAUGCAAAGUUGCAAUUUUUCCUGGAGCCUUUGUCUACGAAGGUUCCAGAUUUUAGUAUGGAGUCCAGCCAGCAUCUUGAGAUGCUUAGAUCCUCUUACAACGUCAGCCAGUCCAACAUCGCCAGCCCUCACUCUGUGAUUUCGGUGGCCGCAGCAGUUCACAUGUCAGACACUCUGAAGGCUUCACACUCUUCACCAAUCGAGAGACCUGAUCUUCAGAAGUCUAAGAGCCUGGACGAGGUUCAGGGUGCAUCCUUGAUGGAUCCUUUGGAACCCAAGAUGCUGCAUGAUGUGAUCGUUCUGAUGCUGCCUGACGUGGGUCUCAAGCGUGUGGCAGAAAUGCUGAAGAUUCUUGGUGUUGGGGACGAAGAGACCAGCUUAGAUUUGCAGGGAUUUGGCGAAGACUUUAGCAUUUUGAGUCAGCGGCAACAAAAAGAGAUGCUCGGCCGGACAUCCCUCGCGGACGUUGCUGUCCGUGUAGAUGACCUACUGAGUGCCGACCGAGACGUCCAAGAGCCGGAACUCCAAAGAAGUUUGGCUUCUUUGAGUGAAGCCCUGGCCAAGACUAUUCCGCGGGUGUGUGAGAAGCAUGCAGGGCAGCUUGAGGUCGUCAGCGCCUGCACGGCGCUGAAUAGGAUAGCCAAGUGCGGCGGCGAUUCCGAGGAGCUGUGGGGCGCGGCCUUCCCGAAGUCCGCCGGGCGCAUCCCCAAGUCACUUAGCCAAGGAGGCAUCCAGCCACAGGGCUAUGGCGCUCUUCCGCAUUCGCCUCGCGCUGGGCUAGACGUGGCUGCUGGGGGAAUGCUUGUGGAAAGCUCGGACGGCAUCGUGUCAUCUGCACAGGAUGAGGACCUCUUGGCAGAGAUCCGCUCCCUCGAGCAACGCUUGCGGGAAGAGAUCACAUGGGCUCAAGCGCAUGGUGUCCAGCUGGCAGGGCCUGACCCGGAGUCAACCGGAUUGGUGCAGAAUGCCAGCUCGACUGCACAUGCUGCAUCUACUUCGGUGGGUGCGGACACAGUCCUGGCACCUGGCGUAGCGGAACUCAAGGUGCAGGCACCUACACGAGGGCCUCCAGCCUCGGAGUUUGCGCACCUCACGAGAAGCGAGUACAUCAAGCUCAAAGCGCAGCGCCGGCAUGCAGCUCUGACUAUCCAGAUGCAAAUAAAGGUCUACCUGGUUCGCCAGUACAUGUGCUGGAGUUCGCGUGUGCCAUCCAUCAAGCGAAUCCAAGCUUAUUGCUGGAGAUAUUUGGCACAGGUACAGAUGCUGGAGCACAGGAGAAAUGCACAGCUAAAGUUCGCCUUGCUCAUGGUGCGGCUUCAGGCCAGAAUCCGCCUGCGGUUGGCCAGGAAGAAAGCUGAGAAGCUGAAGCAACAGGAGGAGGAGGCGAAGCUCUGGCACGCAGCUCUUCAGAAGCUCCAAAGUGAAGCUUCGGUGAAGAUCGCUGCUAAGUGCCGGAGCUUCAUAGCUGGAACCCAGCUAAGCUCGAGUCUGAAGCCCUCUUCGGUGAGGGAGAUCCAGAGAUCGUGCCGCGUGCACGGAGCGAGAGUUGCCCUGCUAGAUACAAGGAGACGCUUCCACGCAGCUCGAGAGAUCCAGCGCAUGUGCCGGGUGCACUGGAGUCGGCUGCAGGUGCUUGAUUCCUUGGCAGUGGCUCGUGAGCAGGAGCGCAUGCGCCUCCGUGCGAUAAUGCGGUUGCAGACCCUUCUGAAAGGCAUGAGGGCGCGACAGGAGCUCCAUCACUUGCGUGUGCUGAACGACGAGGCCGAGCGCAACCGCCGGCGCCUCGAGGAAGAACGGGUAGAGGAGCCGGAGCUUCCCCUUCUGCUCGAUCCGCAGCUAGGCCAGCUUGGCCGAAAGAAGUUGAGGCAUCAGUCCCUCGUUCGCGUCCACCGAAAGGUCCUUCUGCGCCUGAGAGGAUCUGUUAUCCCGAAGGCCUUGGUCUGGGCAGUCCCUUGUGCCGCAGCGACAGUCCUCCUUCACUUGUAUUGGAAUCGGGAGAAGGCGGAGGACAACCGUGAGAUGGAAGGGAUCCACACCAUCUGGUCAGCAUUUACCUUUGUUCUGGGCUUUCUGAUCGUCUUUCGCAGCAACCAGGCAUACUCGCGUUUCUGGGAGAGUGUCACUUUGUUCCAUCAAAUCUCUGGGGAGUGGACAAGUGCUUUCAGCAACAUCCUCUCAUUCUGCAGCCCCGAUCCGCAGAAGAAGGACCAGGUAGACGAGUUCAGGCAGUAUCUUACCAGAUUGAUGAGCCUCUUGCACUGCAGCGCUCUGCAGACGACAUGCGAACUUGACGACGACAGCCUAGAAGUGCUGGAUCUUGGUGCCGUCAGCAGCACAGGGCUUCUCCACUUUAGAGACAGCCCUGACCGCUGCGAGACCGUUAUGCUAUGGCUCCAGCGCUUGAUCAUGGACGCAGAGCGAUCGAAGCUCCUCGAAGCACCACCGCCGAUUCUCUCCCGAGCAUUCCAAGAGCUGUCCCGAGGGAUGGUUAGCAUGACCAACCUGAGAAAGAUUCGUGAUGUCCCCUUCCCGUUCCCAUACUCUCAGUUUCUGUCUUGCAUUCUCCUAGCCCAUUGGAUACUUACUCCACUGGUGGCAAGCCAGACGGUGAUGAAACCAUGGUGGGCCGGCAUCAUCGUCUUUGUUGUAGUGACAUCGUACUGGACUUUGUUCUACAUUGCUCAAGAAAUUGAUCAGCCUUUCGGCGAAGAUGCGAACGAUUUGCCUGUCAGGGAAAUGCAGCGCAAAUUCAAUGCCAAGUUAGAAUUUUUCAUUCAGCCUGAUUCAUACACGGUACCCUCCUUGAAUUUGGACGCAAGCCAACACAUCUGCUUGCUGGCAUCAACCUUCAGCGUAGCGCUGAGCAGGGGCCCCACCGGCACUCCCUCAGCCUCAGAGCAUCUCAUGCCAAUCACUGACACUGGUGCAUGCGGUGAGAGCAAAUGGUUGCAACCAGAUAUUGACGAGAGUUUGGGGGAGGCUGUGGAUAAGUCCAUUGCUGCGCCAGCGUCCUUGAUGAAGGAUUCUCUAGGGCCUAGAGUGCUCCCUGAGCCGAGAUCGAUUGAGAAGGUGGAGCGCUGUGAAACUGAGACACUAAACUCAAUAAAGGUUGACGAGACAGGUGGCAAUGGUGGCAUGCAGCUUCUUGAUUGGGCUUCGCUUGAGCAGUUGGUGUCCCUGCUACUCCUGAACCCGGACCAGGUCUCACUGCAAAGUUUGAAAGAUUGCGAUGGCUUGUGUGGAAGCGUGGGCGCAGGAAAGCCCGCCACCACGGAUGCGUUGAAGGAUGCAUCCAAGAGGUUAGAUGACGCGCUAACUUCCAUGCGUGCUGCCCACUCCGAACAGAAGAGAUGGGGCCUCGACAUCGACCAGUUAACCUCAUUGCAACGAGCUCUUUCUCAAUUGGACAGGAUUCGGGCACUCUGA